AUGUGUCUAAACAGUUUGGCUGGUAAUCCAAGUGCUCUUAGCAGCUCUGGCUACCAAUUGAUCAACAAUGACCCUGUUCCGAAGCAGAUUGAUGGUAUCUAUGAAGAUAAAUUGCGUCAAUUUGUUGACGAGGGCCAAUACAAGGAUUUAAAUUUACCAAAAUUUUAUGAUAUUGACAAGAUUGAUCAUACAAGAGAUGAAAACAAUUUAAACAAAGGAUAUAUUGAAUUUCAAGUCCAUGAAGUUGCCGGUUUAGAAAGACCUUUAUUCCAAGACGUCAUUGGUAAAGCUGAUUUCAAACCUGCUAAGAAAGGUGAUGUUUAUGGUCCAAGUUGGAAGACUUUUUGGUUUAAAUUUCAUAUUAAAGUUCCCAAGAAAUGGAUUGGUGCUGAACAAAUUUGGUUCCAAUGGGAUUGUGGUAAUGAAGGUUUAUUAUAUACCCCAAAAGGUGAUCCUUUACAAGCUUUUACUGGUGGUGAACGUAAUGAUUUCAUUUUACCAAAAGAAUGGACUGAUGGUGAAGAUCAUUUAUUUUAUUUGGAAAUGAGUUGUAAUGGGAUGUUUGGUUUAGGUACCCCUUCCAGUAUUAGUCCACCUGAUGAAAAUCGUUAUUUUGUCUUGAAUACUGCUGAUUUAUUAUUACCAAAUUUAGAAGCUAGAGCUUUAAAAAUUGAUUAUUGGGAAAUCACAGAUGCUGCUCGAGAAUUUAAUGCUGAAUCAUGGCAAAAAUAUAGAGCAAGACAGAUUGCCCUGGAAAUUAUUGAUGCUUUUGAUCCAAAUGAUGUUGAAUCCAUUAAAAAAUGUAGAAAAAUUGCAGCAAAAUUUAUUGGACCAAAUGCUGAUAAUGAAAAAGUUUUCCAUGACACUAAUGGUUCUCAAAACAAGAUUGAUGUGUAUGCAAUUGGUCAUUGUCAUAUUGAUACUGCUUGGUUAUGGCCAUUUGGUGAAACCAGAAGAAAAAUCGUUAGAUCUUGGACAACCCAGCUAAAUUUAUUGGAUAGAUACCCUGAAUAUCAAUUUGUUGCAUCACAAGCACAACAAUACAAAUGGUUGAAACAAGAUCAUCCAAGAACUUUCAAAAGAUUACAAGACGCAGUUUCUCAAAAUCAAUUCAUCCCAAUUGGUGGUUCUUGGGUUGAAAAUGAUACAAAUAUACCAAAUGGUGAAUCCUUGGUUCGUCAAUUUUUAUUUGGUCAACGAUUUUUCGAAUCAAAUUUUGGGGCAAGAUCUAAAACUUUUUGGUUACCUGAUACUUUUGGUUAUUCUUCACAAAUCCCUCAAUUAUGUCGCCUUGCCGGUCUUGAUAGAUUUCUAACUCAGAAAUUAUCAUGGAAUAAUAUAAACAACUUUCCAAAUACAACUUUCAACUGGGUUGCACUAGAUGGGUCUCAAGUUAUUACUCAUAUGCCUCCUGCAAACACUUACACUGCAGAUGCAAAUUUUGGUGAUGUUAAACGUUCAAUUUCUCAACAUAAAAACCUAACUUAUGAUCAAACUGGGUUAUUAGUGUUUGGUAAAGGUGAUGGUGGUGGUGGUCCAUUACCUGAAAUGCUUGAUAAGUUACGUCGUUGUAGAGGUAUUUCAAACACUGUUGGAUUAUUACCUACAGUGCAUAUGGGUAAUUCUGUUGAUGAUUUUUAUGAUAAAGUCUUGGAGAGAACUGAUGAUGGUAAGAAAUUGGUUAGUUGGAUUGGUGAAUUAUAUUUUGAAUUCCAUAGAGGUACUUAUACCACUCAGGCUUUAGUUAAGAAAUUUAUGAGAAGAUCUGAAAUUAGAUUACAUGAUUUGGAAUAUUUUGCUACAAUUGCAUCUAUCUUAAAACCAAAAGAGUAUAAAUAUCCUCAAAAGGAAUUACAAGCAAUUUGGGAAGAUGUUUUAUUAUGUCAAUUUCAUGAUGUUUUACCAGGUUCAUGUAUUGAAAUGGUUUAUCGUGAUGAUGUUAGACCAAUGUUGAAAAAUGCAAUUAAAAAAGCUGAAAAAUUAACUUAUGAAGCAUUAAGAAUUUUAACAGAUGAUGAAAAAGCUAUUGAUGGUGCUUUCCAAAUUGCAAAUACUUUACAAUGGGAUAGAACAGGUGUUGUUAAAAUUCCUAAAAAUUUCAACAUUUCAUCAAAUUCAAAUGUCUUGGUUCAAGAAAGCUCAAAUGGUGAUUUUAUCUUGAGUAAUGAUAAAUUAAAAGUUACAGUUAAUGGUGGUGUCAUCACUAGUUUAUAUGAUUUAGUGGAAGAUCGUGAAGUUUUAGAUUUAUCCACAGGUAAAAAUCAUAAAGGUGCAAACCAAUUGGUUGUUUUUGAAGAUACUCCACUAAGUUGGCAAGCAUGGGACACUGAGGUUUUUUCAUUAGAUAAAUAUCAUUAUGUUUCACCAGGUAAAGUUUCAAUUAAUGAAACGGGUCCAUUAAAAGCUUCAUUAUUAGUUAAACAGAAAAUCAGUGAAACUAGUUCAAUCCAAACUAUUAUUUCAUUAGAUGGGUUACAAUCAUUAGAUGAGGCUUCAAUUGUGGAAUUUGAUUCAAAAGUUGAUUGGAAUGAAUCACGUAAAUUCCUUAAAGUGGAAUUCCCAGUUGAUGUUCAUUCAGAUUUUGCAAGUUAUGAAACCCAAUUUGGUAUCACGAAAAGACCAACUCAUUAUAAUACAUCAUGGGAUGUUGCUAAAUUUGAAGUUUGUCAUCAUAAAUUUGCAGAUUAUUCAGAUUAUUCAUAUGGUGUUUCCAUUAUUAAUGAUUCUAAAUAUGGGUUCUCAACACAUGGUAAUUUGAUGAGAUUAUCGUUAUUAAGAUCACCAAAAGAACCAGAUGCAAAUGCUGAUAUUGGUAAACAUCAUUUUAAAUAUGCAAUUUAUCCUCAUAAAGGUUUAUUGAACUCUAAAACUGUUGAAGUUGCUCAUAAUUUUAACUUUGAUGUGUUUUCACCAUAUUUGAUUCCAAAGGGUAAGAGUGACUUUUUAAAUUUGGUUGGUAUUCAAGGUGAUGAUAAUUUGGUUUUAAGUAAUAUUAAAAGAGCUGAAGAUGAUGAAGAUAUUUCCACUGGUGAGUUGCCAGUUAAAAAUCCAUCAUCAAAGACUUCACCAGCUGGUGCUAAAUCAAUUAUUGUUAGAGUUUAUGAAAGUUUAGGUGGUAAAUCAAAAGGUGUUAUAACCACUAAUGGUAAAUUAUCAUCUGUUUCAAAAGUUAAUCUGUUAGAAGAUGAAUUGGAAACUUUGGAAUUCACAAAAAAUGAUGGUUCAAGUAUUUCUGAAAUUCCAAUCAAAUUGAGAGCUUUUGAAAUUGCAAGUUAUAAACUUGUUUUUGCUUAAUCAGUUAAGCUAGCUUUUUUUUUUAAUGACACUAUGAUAACUCUAUUGUAUUCUUCAGUUCUUUCAUAACCACCUUUUUUUUAAAAAGUUUUUGUUAUAUAUGCUUUGUUUCUAUUUCCAACACACAAUAUUAUUUAUUUAAUCAAGCCAGUGGGUUCAAAGUUAGUAGGAACAACUACAUUUUAAUCUUUGGAUGAAAAGUAAUUGUAUAUUCAAAUAAUGUUAAGUCCAAGGGGUGAAUUGUAAAACAACCUCUAUGAAACGAUACAUUUUCAAACAGAUAUGAGAGUUCCAGUGGAGAGCAAAAUUAAAUUAUUUCAACUUUGCAUUCAAUCAUGGCUUCAACAUUCACGAGAUGUUCAUGCCAAUGAUUGUUUUAAUGUUCCAUACUUGCCCAACUGAAACUCUGUCAAAAUAAAAAUUG